UUUCAGAAAUUAAUAAUAUUGUAAUUCCAUGCCGCAUAACAGUUUAUCACCGAUUUUUUUAUCGGAUUUACCGGAUUAUUGCAUUGGACGAAUUGAUGAAAAAUGUCCAAUUUGUUUCCGUUGUGAAAAGAAAGCAGAACAUAUGAGUAAACAUUUGCGCCGAUUUCGAUUAGAUGGUGGAUUUCGACCAUUUUGGAAAUAUUAUCAAGCUGAUGCAACUGUAACACCAUCCCAGUCAUUAACUUGUUCUAAAAAUGGUCGACGAAAAAUGGAUUCACGUAGUACUGUAAGAAGUUAUCCAACAUAUACCGAAAAUUCUAUGGGUAAAUCAAUGCUAGAAUAUUUGCGCACUGAUAGUGUUCCAACUUUGAAUUUGAAACAAUCAUUUUCAACUCUUCGACGAUUUAAGCGACGAGAUUUCAGUUAG